AUGAAGGGUUCACCGAUCAUUCUUUUAAGCACUCUUUUGAGUUGCGCCAGUGGCCUUGAACUCCACAAGCGCCACAAUCCCGCAGUCGUCCAAGUUGACUUUGAGAAGCGCACAAAAGAUUUUUUCCCCGGCCAUGGGAAAAGAGACAUCGCCAAUAUGAAGGUCGGCCUGAGAGAUUACCUUUACUGGGCAAACUUCACCCUCGGAAACCCUCCACAAGAGCUCUCCGCAGUAAUCGAUACUGGAAGCUCCGACUUGGUCCUCUUAACGAACGAGAUCGAGAAUUGCGAGAAGGGACGCUGCCGAGGUGGAGUCUUCAAUACGGAAAAGCUGGAGGAUUCCAAGACGAAAUACCGCAAUCUUCCUUAUGCCCUAGCCGUUGCUGGGGCCAUCAACACUCCGGCAUACAGCAUGUGGCUCGAGGACGAUAUUACCGGGCAGUUUCUGUUUGGCGGUGUCAAUAAAGCCAAGUACAAGGAACCACUGGUUACAUAUCCUAUCCCCGUCAACAACGAGAGCAAUAAACGAGAUCGAGCCUUGGCAGUCAUGACAGGAUUUGCGACAACUUAUAAUGAAGAGUCUUCAGAAUUAGAUUUUGAGCCUCGACUGGUCUUGCUUGACUCUGGUACUCCAAAGAGUAGACUGACUCUGGACAUGACCAUGCACUUAAUCAAUACCAUGAACGUCUCCUAUUACGAGAAACAUGGCCCUGCUGCACCUUGCGAAGGAAGCUCAAGGAAUACUCUGGACUUUACCUUCAGCGAACUUACAAUUAGUGUGCCACUGUCAAACUUUCUUUGGGAGACCAGUUUUGUGAGUGAUGGCCUUGCUUACUGCAAGAUCAGGUAUGAUGCAACGGCCACCCACAUUAUUCUUGGCGAUGAUUUCCUCAAGGGCGCUUAUGUUGUCUUCGACUUUGCAAACAUGGAGAUAUCCCUCGCUGCACGUAAUCCUGAAGAUGCUGAGGAUGACAUUCACGAGAUUGUGAGGGAAGUACCUGGUGCUUCUGCGGCCACUGGUGUUCCCGGAAAAUACCUUGGUUUCGACCAGCCUGCACUGAGUAAUCCUAUGGCAGUUCCAUCGGGGAUACCAACCGUCAAUGAAAAUUUUCUCAGCACGGCGACUGAAGGUGGGUCAGAAGGCUUUGGGUACAUGUUGCUGUUUGCAUUAAUUCUUUAUGUAGUAGCUCAUGCAUAG